GCAGAGCGAAAUUAGAGAGUACGUUCCUGCAGGUUCUAGCUACCUUUUCCAGGGACGGGCUGAACCAACUUUCCUCCCAAUAUCUGACCCCUUCCGCGGGGAAGCGGCGGGCGGCAGGGAAGCGGAACCCUGACGCUCACGCCCUUGCUUCUGGCCGGGCGCGGGUCGCUGUGCACCAAGACGCGCCGCACGGCCCGGCAUGGAGGAGUGCGGCGAUUCCGAGCCUACGCCGGGGUGCAGCGGCCUGGGCUCGGGCGGCGCACGCAGCAGAGGCGGCGGCAGCUGCGACUCGUGGGCCCCCGAGGACGCCUGGAUGGGCACUCACCCUAAGUAUUUAGAGAUGAUGGAAUUAGAUAUAGGAGACGCUACCCAAGUUUAUAUAGCAUUCUUGGUUUACCUGGAUCUCAUGGAGAGUAAAAGUUGGCAUGAAGUGAAUUGUGUGGGAUUACCAGAACUCCAGCUCAUCUGCCUUGUUGGUACUGAGAUAGAAGGAGAAGGGUUACAGACUGUAGUGCCUACCCCCAUCAGUGCAUCCCUCAGCCAUAACAGGAUAAGGGAGAUCUUAAAGGCAUCUCGAAAAUUGCAAGGUGACCCAGAUUUGCCGAUGUCAUUUACUUUGGCCAUAGUGGAGUCUGAUUCCACCAUAGUCUAUUACAAGCUCACUGACGGAUUUAUGCUGCCCGACCCUCAGGUCAGUUUUGAGAAUAUUUCACUUAGAAGAUGACAGCUGUACUUCCUGAUACUUUGUUCAUACAAGAUUGGAUUUGAGACCCAUCAGCUUGCUUUAUCUUUCAUCUCAGAGACAGUCAGGGUUGAUUUAGCUGGUCCAUUCCGUAAGUUUUCUUUCUGAAGAAUAAAUGUUUCCAGAUAGAAGGAUGUUUUCUGUUAAAAAAUAUAGGAUAGUUGCUCUAGAACUUUCUUAUCUGGAGACAGUUUAAUUACAGUUGUAAAUAGGUUUAUGCCAAAGAUGUGUUCAGAAAGGUGGAACACCUGUUUUUUCUGUCAUCUCACACUCAUAGCUGCGUCUUUGUUCAUUGACGCCACUGCUGGCUCAUUGUUGAGUCUGCCACCUCUUUCCUUUACUCAACUCUCCCAAAGCCUUUUGGCCACUACAACUAGCCUGGAGUGACAUUUCAUGUACACUUUGGCACUUAGAGAGUUUACUUCUGUCUGCUUAUGCAUCCCACAGUAGAAAGUAAAAGAUUUCUUUCAAUUGGUUUUCAUAUUCCAAUUACUAUGCUCAUCCAGAGUAUAAACUUACAUGACUAGAUUAAUAGGACCAGAGAAGUACUGGGUCUUCCUUUCCAUUUUUAUAGCCACCACCCUUUUUAUAUAAAAACCAAAACACCAAACCCGUUGCCAUUGAGUCAAUUCUGACUCAUAGUGAUCCUAUAGAACAGAGUAGAACUGCCCCAUAGGGUUUCCAAGGAGCAGCUGGUGGAUUCCAACUGCCAACCAUUUGGUUAGCAGCUGAGCUCUUAACCACUGUGCCACCAGGGCUGUCUUUAUUAUAUAAUACCUAGAAUAUUACAAGAGAUAGUGUGGGACAGUAUCAGCCUUAAUAAUACCUUCAUUAACUAGACUGUUAUUCCACUUUUGUUAAUCUCUCCCAAUUAAGUUGUCCAAAGUAUGAAAAAUUGAUGCACAUGAUCCAGAUAUAAACCACUUAAAAGUUUAGGGCCAGUAUCAGUAAACUUUUUCUGUAAACAGCCAGGUGGUAAAUAGUUUAGGCUUUGCAGGCCAUACAGUAUCUGCCACAACUUCUCAACUCUGUCAUUUGUAGUGUGAAGGCAGCCGCAGACAAUAUGAAAACAAAUGGAUGUGCGUUUGUGCCAAUAAAACUUUAUUUAUGAAUGCACAGCCAUAAUUUUCCAACCACUGGUCUAAGGGCAAGGGUCAUCCACUUUUUUUAAUAGGGCUAGGUAGUAAGUAUUUUAGGUUUUGUGAGCCUUAUACAGUCUAUCACAUAUUCUUAUUUCUUUACAACCCUUAAAAAUGUAAAAACUGUUCUUUGCUUGUGGACUGUACAAAACAGAUCCUGGGCCAAAUUUGGUCCAUUGAGCAACUCCUGGUCUACUGAAAUAGUGAGUAAACAUAUACAUAGAGAGAGAGAGAGGUACACUCAUUAAAAAUUAGUAAUGAAUAUGAUGUAGAAACAUGAGAAAGUGUUAUAUUAAGUGAAAAAUCAAGAUACAGAAAUGUAUGAAUUGGUAUGAUUAUGGCUCUAAAUGUUACACCAAGCAUAAAAUAAAAAGAUGACAAAGUAAGUCAAAUUGCUAACAUCGGUUGUAGCAGGAUGGCAGGCCAGUAAAUGGAUGACUUUGUCUUUUCCCCAUAUUUCAGUUUUUCUUUACCCUAUUUGUGUUACUUUUAUAAUAAAAAUGUUUUAAAAUUUAAGAAGUGUCUUGAAAUAUGUAUUAGGAAUGUACUGUUGUGUGAUAAUAUUACACAAAUUUAGCAGCU